UUUCAACACUUUCUGGUCCCAUCGAAUUCGAACCUCAUUUCACUCUUCUCUCUUCCGGUUACUUUUCAACCAGAGAAAACAAGCAGAGAGAGAAACAGAAAAACCAGAGAAGCGAAAAAAACAACAAUGGGGAAGGAUCUGAGCGACGACCAGGUGUCCUCCAUGAAGGAGGCCUUCACCCUCUUCGACACCGACAACGACGGCAAGAUCGCGCCGUCGGAGCUCGGGAUCCUCAUGCGCUCCCUCGGCGGCAACCCGACCCAGGCUCAGCUCAAGUCGAUCGUCGCCGAGGAGAAGCUCGCCGCGCCCUUCGACUUCCCCCGGUUCCUCGACCUCAUGUCCAAGCACUUGAAGCCCGAGCCCUUCGACCGGCAGCUGAGGGACGCGUUCAAGGUCCUGGACAAGGACGGGACCGGGUUCGUCGUCGUGGCGGAUCUCAGGCAUAUUUUGACUAGUAUCGGGGAGAAGCUGGAUCCGGCGGAGUUUGACGAGUGGAUCCGUGAGGUGGAUGUUGGAUCCGAUGGGAAGAUCCGGUACGAGGAGUUCAUUGCCCGGAUGGUCGCCAAGUGAUUGCGUGUUUUGGAAGCAGAUGCUGUAAUUUUCUUGUGCGCGUAGGGAGAAGCCUGUAGUUAUCUUUCUUCAAGUGUAGUGAUUUGUCUGGCAACUCUAAUUGUGUUGUCCUUUGCCAUCUUUGGUCUCAUUUUUCAGCUUUCUUGUGUGUUGUGAAUGAAUGAUUGCAGAUUCCACUAUUUGAAAGGCCUACUUUUUGGUGUUGUCCUAGGGUUUGAAA